AUGACAACAAACGCCCGUUGUGAGAAGCAGCGCGCGGCCAAGGAACGUUGGCUUGCGGAUCCUGAGGUCCUCGAGAGGCAGAGGCUUCUGGGCCGACAACGUGCAGAGAGACAACGCGAAAGGAAACGUGCGGCGAAGGCAGAGGGCAAGAUUACCUCUGUAGCCUUCCCUGCGCCCGUUGCUGUUGACCCCGACCGGGUAGCUAUAACAACGUCGGUUUCCGAUAUUCGUGCUGAGAUCCAGGGGUGGAGGCUGGAAUGGGGACGGGAUUCAGACUUUUCGAGGGAGUUUCACCGCGAGCUGGAACGCUCGAAAGAAUACGGGUCAAAAUCAGUUGAUAGGUGGAUGCGGGAGCUUGAUGAUCAUGUUCGUCACGGGCGAGAUAUACUAACUAUGCUCAAGAACGUCGACAUCUCGCCCUUCUGCAGGUCGCCAACUGGCGCGCGGGAUAUCUUCUUUCAGUGUAUGGAGUUGACUCACAUUGUAUUAACGGAGGUGACAGCGAUCUCAGUCAAGCUUGAUGAAUAUGCACCACCCACGUCUAACUGUGCUGUCUCAAAUGCUCGUAGCUACACCCUUGAUUAA